AGUUCAGUUUCGUUUCUUGUUCCUGAUUUCAGUGAUGGCGGCUGCUGAUCUGAGAGACGAGCUGAGCUGCUCCAUCUGCCUGAGCAUUUAUACUGAUCCUGUAUCCCUGCCGUGUGGCCAUAACUUCUGCCGGGGCUGUAUUGGGACAACAUGGGACACCCAGGAGGGAUCUGGGGCUUAUUCCUGCCCUGAAUGUAGAGCAGAGUAUCAGGAGCGCCCUGCCCUGUACAGGAACAGAACUCUGGGUAACAUCGCAGAGAGAUUCCUUCCAACUGAGACAGAGCCGGGGGAGACUGGGAUCUUCUGCACCUACUGUGUCCUCUCUCCUGUACCUGCUGCUAAAUCCUGUCUCCUGUGUGAGGCUUCUCUGUGUGAUACCCACCUGAGGGGGCACAGCAAGUCAGCAGAACAUGUACUGACCCAACCCACCGACUCCUUUAUGGGGAGAAAAUGUUCUGUACAUCACAAGGUUCUGGAGUAUUACUGCUGUGAGGAGUCUGUCUGUGUCUGUGUGUCCUGCUGUCUGGCCGGAGAGCACAGGGGCCACAGGGUGGAGCUGCUGAGUGAGGCCUCUGAGAAGAAGAAAGAGAAACUGAGGAAAGUUCUGGAGGAACUGAGGCCAGAGAGAGAGGAGACUGAGAGAGGAGCCCAGAGACUGCAGGAGCGCAGGAGAGAAGUGGCAGAAAAAGCAGCCGGUGAGACAGAGAGAGUCACUGCCCUGUUUAGAGACAUCAGGGAACAGCUGGAAGCCCUAGAGAAGAGACUCCUGAGUGACAUCUCCAGCCAGAAAGAGAAGCUCUCACUCACACUCACUGAUCUGAUGGAGCAGCUGGAAAUAAAGAAGGACGAGCUGUCCAGGAAGAUCCGUCACAUUGAGGAGCUGUGCAACAUGGCAGAUCCACUCACUGUCCUACAGGAACGGGAAUCACAUGGAGCUGCAGAUAAUGAGGGGGGCAGAGAGAGACAUGAUAUAAAGGUCCCUGCUGUAGGGGAUCUGGAUGUGGAUCUGAUCUCAGAGACAUUACUCACAGGCUUAGCUGCCAUUGGGACUGGGGUAAAGGGAAGGAUCUAUGGGCAGGAGGCUACAGACCUGUUACUGGAUAUAAACACGGCUCAUAAUCUUGUAUCUGUAUCAGGGGACAGGAAAUCUGCUUCCUACUCACUCACAGACCAGUGUCACCCACAAACCCCAGAGAGAUUUCAGGAUUAUGCUCAGACUUUAAGCAGCAGGAGUUUCCCCUCAGGGCGACAUUACUGGGAAGUGGAGGGCAGUGAAUCAGGGGGCUGGAGGGUAGGGGUGGCCUAUCCCAGUAUAGAGAGGAGAGGGGAUCAGUCCUGGAGUGGGAAUAAUAACAAGUCCUGGUGUUUGUGCAGAUGGUAUAAUAAUAAAUAUACAGUGAGACAUGACAGUAAAUACACAAAGUUACCCCACGUCCCUUCCUGCAGGAGAAUCAGGAUCUCAUUGGACUAUGAGGCCGGACGUCUGUCCUUUUAUGAGCUGAGUGAGCCAAUCAGACACUUACACACCUUCACUGCCACAUUCACUGAGCCCCUUCAUGCUGCAUUCUGGGUAUGGGGGGAUGAUGAUGAUGAUGAUGGUGCCUGGGUGAGAAUCAUUAGUUAGGGAACUGCCUGGCAUUAAACCCAUUGCCAGAGUGAUGGCAGCAGUGUCAGACUGGGACACCAGGGGCCCACCAUAAAGACCAGGGGCCACUCUCAGUACUAUUAUUCUUCAUCUCCUCAAUUAACCCCUAUUCUCCUAUUCAGCGCCAGGCAAACCCGGGUAGGCACCCUAGGCUGCCUGGCCGGGCAUAAUGCCAACAGACACGCAUGCGCAGAAAUACUGGAUGCUCGCAUGCGAGAAAAAACUGAAUGCGCACAUGCGCGAAAAGCCAACGCAGGUAUUCACAAAAAUAAGAAGCCGCAAAGAACAGUGUGCAUGUGCUAAAAAGCACACACACGCCAGAUUCACCUGCAAGCGAGGACCGGACUAGGGGGUAUGAGAAGCAGAGAAGGCGCGUGCCUGGCGCCCCCCCAGCUUUGCACCCUAG